AUGCCAAUCGAGUCGCGAUUUUCGGUCUCGGUUCCUAACUGCUCGAUUCAACAAUGGAUAUUUGGCUCGCCUUCGGGGCCAUUGCCAGAUCAGAAGGCCUUCAUCGAAGCUGAUAACCCUGAGCAACGCUAUUUCACCUACAACCAAGCUCGAUUGUUUGCAAAGCGUAUCGCCGUCGGUCUUGUUAACAAUGGUCUUAGGCCAGGUGACCGCGUUCUCCUCUUCGCUAGUAACAGCUUAUUCUUCCCAACCAUUGUGAUGGGCAUUUGGAUGGCCGGGGGCAUAUUCACAGGAGCUAACCCUGGGUAUGUCACUCGAGAGUUGGCCCAUCAACUUCAGGAUAGCGAGGCAUCAUUCAUCGUUGCUGCGGAGGGUGGCAUGGAGGUGGCAUUGGCUGCUGCCUCACAGGUUGGUAUGGAAGCUUCACAAGUCUUUUUGUUGGAUUCGACAUGGCCAGAUUCACCUGUUGAGACACAACCUAGAGAAGGCAGUCGACACUGGACAGAGCUCAUUGCAUCCAGGCCAGAAGGCGAGAGAUUCGAGUGGACUGAGCCAAUGGAUUCUAAAGACUCUGUCUGUUCUCUCAAUUACAGCUCAGGCACUACUGGAAUACCAAAAGGUGUCGAGAUCUCACAUUACAAUCAUGUUGCGAAUAGCUGCGGUGUGACUCUUUUCCAUAAGCUCCAUCCUGACUACGAAGCUCGACGCCAAUGUGCUGCUGCCCUGUGUUUCCUCCCCAUGUAUCACGCCUUUAGUCAAGGCUACUUCAUCACCAGCUUCCCUUGCGAGCGAGUUCCUGUAUACAUCAUGUCUUCUUUUGAUUUCCCUAAAAUGCUCGCACAUAUUCAGAAUUUCCGCAUCACGAAGCUUCUAGCUGUUCCCCCUAUUCUUGUUCUUAUGUCGAAAAACCCACUUGCACGUCGUGCCGACCUGAGUAGCAUCGACAUGAUCGCAUCCGGUGCUGCCCCGUUAGCGAAGGAUACACAACGCGAGAUAGCCGGGAUGAUACCUGGGGGCGAGUCAGUAGUACGGCAAGGUUGGGGGAUGACUGAAGCGACCUGCACCGCAUUGUCGUGGGACCCUAACAAAGCUCCCAGCUCUGCGGCUGGUGAGCUGACGCCAGAUUCUAAAGCCAGGUUGGUCCAUAUCGAAACUGGAGAGGAAAUUACGGCUGCAAACAUCCCAGGAGAACUCUGGAUCACGGGUCCUACAGUAAUGCGUGGCUACUGGAGAAACUCAAGUGCAACCCAAGACGCAUUUGUUACUGACUCUGACGGCACUCGAUGGCUUCGUACCGGGGACGUCGCAUAUGUGGAGGAAUACGCAAAAGGGUCUCUCUUUCAUAUCGUGGAUCGCGUCAAGGAGUUAAUCAAGGUUAAAGGCAUGCAAGUUGCUCCAACUGAACUCGAGUCUCUCCUACUUGAACGAGAAGAUGUUGCCGACGCCGCAGUUGUUGGAGUCAAGAUCAACGGUGAAGAGCUCCCACGAGCCUAUGUCGUCAAAUCAGCAAAAGCAAAAGACACAUCUGAAGAAGACAUCGCAGACUGGCUGGCUAGUCGUGUUGUCAAAUACAAACAACUUGAGGGGGGGUGGUCUUCGUUCACGCUAUCCCCAAAAUUCCUGUAA